AUGAAGCCACUGUUUUGUGGACGGAGACCGCCAUGCCCAAUUAGCACAAUUUACAAUCACACUGAGUUCCACAACGCGCUGACGGCAUCGAAACAAGCGAGUCGCGUUCACGUUAUUGAAUCCUCUCGCGCGGGGUUCAUGCCGCUCGCGCUGCCGCUGCGUUCGCGCUCCGAUACGGGCCGCACGCACACACACGAUCGCGCCGCGUACGCAUAUAGCUCACACGUGCCGCGCCCAACGUAUACCUACACGUACACUGAGCGCGCCGGACGGCUCUGGCUACACCGACUGAUAAAGGUUACUGAUGAUGGCUUUCACCAUUGCACUCGCCAAUCUGCAGGGGAUGCUUCCGCAGAUGUCCAGGUUGUGGUUGGUUGGUGUGCUGUCUUGCGCCACUUAGGAUUUGUGCCAGCUUCGCUCCUAUAACAAGGGUCUUAAACAUAGCUCGCGAGGAGUGGAAAUACUACGCACCCCUGCCUAACCCGUCGGGGUAAAUUACAGAUACAGAUAGAUACAGUAGGUAAUCCAUCAUUCUGCAGUCUGAACACGAAUUUACUAUCGUAUCGUGGUAAAGGGUACAUACAUUUUCACUAUGUUUACGAGGGUAUGUACAGUAGUAAAUACGUGAUUAGACCAUAGUAUGUAUGUAUUUAUUUAUUUGUGGGCAUGUGUAUUGUUAAGUUGUACUUAUAGUUGGAACCGCAAUCUUUCAAUUUUUACAUAUUUCCUCGCCUUAUGGUUGUCUGGAAGAAAUCGCUUUAUUCGCCCCCAAAUAAUAAUAAUUGU